AUGACAUUUGUUCUUUCUGUGAAAGAGAGAUGCCCUCGGUGUGUUUGUACACAGACCUCAGGAGGAGAGCUGAGGAGGAGCAGUGGCCGCUCGCUGCCCUCGGGGGCGGGCGACAUCUCAAGGAGCCGCCUCUGGGUCACUCUCUCCGCCAGUGGAAUGGCCGUGGCCCCUUCCCUCUUUCCGUCCCUCCCGACUGCAUCCCACCCAACUGUACAGCUGCCUUGGUGUCCGUGCGCGGAAGCUCGUGUGGCUGUGGUGUCCACAUCUGCGUCUCUGCGGGGCUCAGGACGCAUGCUCGAGGGCCCAGAGCGGGCAGGCUUAGCCCUGCAUGUGAGGACCACAUCUGCUGUGCUGUAA